AUCUGUUCAGUGUACAGUGGAAAUACAAAAGAGGGAGUGAAUACUUGCACCCGAGGGGUCACAGGUUUUACUCUAUUUCCAUUUUUUGUACUCCCAAUAGCUGCUAUUUGUUUCCCUGCUUGUGGUGUGCCUAGCACAGUACUUUACGUACAUGGUCUUAUAUAAUCCUCAAACAUCCCUGAAAAAUGGGUGUUAUUACUUCUAUACAGAAGAAAAGGAAGCUCAGACAGAUUAAUAAUGUUCCCACGGUCACACAGCUGAAAGCUAGCUCGGAUCCGAAGAGGUCUUAAAACACUAGAUUAUAAUCUCCUAAAGAGAGUUACUUUAGGUCAGGGGUCAUGUCUUAUGUUUCUGUGUACCCGACCUAGGUCUUAGAAGAUGCCUAAUAAACGUCAGUUGAAUGAAUGAAUGAAUGCCUUUCACUUUCUCCACGAGAAAAGCACGUGGCGACGUCACAGUGAAACCUCCCAGACAUGAGGGGGCGCUGUACCGAUUUCAGCGCAGUAGGGUCGGGCUGCGCACACCUAGCUCCGUCUCUCCCUUGGCUGGAGCUCAGCCAAUCCCUGUGCUCGAGAGAACCCGCGGCCAGUGGGCGGGGUCACAGAACAACGCCCCGCGGGCCGUCGGGAGCCGUGACAUCCGUGCUCCCGGCUAGCGGGUGGAGAGCGGGGCCAGGCCGAGGAGUGCGGGCUGGGCCGCAGAUUAUUUCAGGGACCUGACUGUGCAUAAAGCAUAGUACCCUCUGGCAUUACUCUGCAGCAGCUGGCUGCUCAGUAAAUGGUGCCAGGAAACUUGAUGUCAUGUGGCCUGUGUUUUGGACCGUGGUGCGUACCUAUGCUCCCUAUGUCACAUUCCCUGUGGCCUUCGUGGUCGGGGCUGUGGGCUACCACCUGGAAUGGUUCAUCAGGGGAAAGGAUCCCCAGCCAAUGGAGGAGGAAAAGAGCAUCUCAGAGCGCCGGGAGGAUCGUAAGCUGGAUGAGCUGCUGGGCAAGGACCACACUCAGGUGGUGAGCCUUAAGGACAAGCUGGAGUUUGCUCCCAAAGCUGUCCUGAACAGAAACCGCCCGGAGAAGAACUAAUGGAGGACAUAGGGCCAUAUGGUCCACAGGGCUGAGACUGGUUCUGCCAUGUCAUCCCAGCCCCAGAACAUACAUCUGAUUUGCUUUGCUGCUUAUUCUGGCCCCUCCUGCACCCCACAACCACACUGUACUGGCUGUUCCUUUUUGGCCAGGCAGGCACAACAGCAGCUGAGGGGCCAGCAAAGAGGAAGGCUGCAUCUGUUGAAUCAGGUCCACAACUGCUCAGGCUUCUGGGCUUACGUGGGUGCACUGCACAGAGGACUGUUAUGGAAUGAACAUUGGUUCUCAGACUACCUGGGGAGAUGGUUUGGUCUCAGGUGGGAGGGCUGGGAUUUGGAUGUUGCCUUUAAGAGGGGUCCACACAUGUCAAGUUCUAGUUUGCACUGGGAAAAGUUCAAAAAUCUACCUGGCUUCCUCAAUUGAUUCACCCUCUUUCAUGUUCAUUCUUUCAGAAAUUCUGUUAGCUCAGGAAUGGGAUUCUCCAGGGAAGGAAAGCAUUUUUCUGUUGUCAGAAGCUCAGGCUGCUCACCUUGGGACAGGGAGGAACAUGUGCCUGGUGAAUUUGCUUGAAAACAAUCACUGUCUUCCACUCCUCACUGAUGUGUAAUGAAAACCUUGAUUAAAGUGGCAACUGAGCACCUGUUGAUUGAA